UAGCCCCCUUUGCUCCUUCUGCCAUGUGAGGACACAGAAGGUGCCAUCUAUGAGAAACGCACCCUCACCAGCCCCUGAAUCAGCUGGCAUGUUGAUACUGGAUUUCCCAGCCUCCAGAACUGUGAACAACAAAUCUGUAUUAUUUACAAAUUACCCCCUUUAAGAUACUCUGUUAGAGCAGCGCUGAUGCCUAAGGCACAGUCUGAGUAUUAAAACAGUGGUUUUCUGGAGGCAGCCCUCAGCCAGAGAAGGGCCACUCAUGAGGAUAGAGAGAUUGGUUUAUCAACUCUAUUUAGGAGUUCAGGGCAAAAUAACUUACAAAAUCAAGGCAAAGAGCCCAUUCUCCUUUCCUGCUUUUGCAGUCUGUUUCACUUCUCUGCCAGCACUUCCAGUGGCACAGAUGGCCAGGAUGGCGCAGCAAGCAAACCCUCAUCCACGCAGGGGGACAUUGUCUGGGAACCAUGGCUGGUAUAGGAGCUUUUCCAUCUUCGGUGCUCUGAACCAAAAAGGACUCUGCCCUUGACUACAGGGAGAGCACACAGGAAAGAAUGGCUGCUGUGUCUCCGACCACCAGAUGCCAGGAAUCAGUGACAUUCGAAGACGUGGCUGUGGUUUUCACAGAUGAAGAGUGGAGUCAUCUGGUCCCCAUACAGAGGGACCUCUACAAGGAGGUGAUGCUGGAGAACUAUAACAGCAUCGUGUCAUUGGGCCUUCCAGUUCCUCAACCUGAUGUGAUUUUCCAAUUGAAGAGAGGGGACAAGCCAUGGGUAGUAGAUCUGCAUGGGUCUGAGGAGAGAGAACGGCCAGAGAGUGUCUCUCUAGAAACGAAGCGUGAGAUUCAUGAUGCUUCAGACGAAAAAUCAGAAGGAUCAUUGAGGGAAUGCCUUGGAAGGCAAAGUCCUCUGUGUCCUAAAUUUGAAGUUUAUGCACCCGAUGGCAGGAUGGGAACAGAAAAGCAAAGCCCUUCAGGGGAGACUCAUAAGAAAUCUCUCUCCCGGGAGAAAGGCGUGCGGCGAGGGUCAGCCCUGCCCAGGGAAGUUCUCACUAAAGAGAGACACCAGGAAUGCAGUGACUGUGGGAAGACCUUCUUUGACCACUCAUCCCUCACCCGCCAUCAGAGGACUCACACUGGGGAGAAGCCCUACGGCUGCCGUGAGUGUGGGAAAGCCUUCAGCCACAGGAGCAGCCUCAGCAGACAUCUGAUGUCGCACACCGGGGAGAGCCCCUACGAGUGCAGCGUGUGCGCAAAAGCCUUCUUCGACCGCUCGUCCCUCACUGUCCACCAGCGAAUCCACACCGGAGAGAAGCCCUUUCAGUGCAGCGAGUGUGGGAAAGCCUUUUUUGACCGUUCGUCCCUUACUCGACACCAGAGAAUUCACACUGGAGAAAGUCCUUAUGAAUGUCAUGAGUGUGGGAAAGCCUUCAGCCAGAAAAGCAUUCUUACUCGCCACCAGCUAAUCCACACUGGCAGGAAGCCGUACGAGUGUAACGAGUGCGGGAAAGCUUUCUAUGGGGUCUCGUCACUGAACAGACAUCAGAAGGCUCACGCCGGGGACCCUCGCUAUCAGUGUAACGAGUGUGGCAAAGCUUUCUUUGACCGCUCAUCCCUUACGCAGCAUCAGAAGAUCCACACUGGAGACAAGCCAUAUGAAUGCAGCGAGUGCGGGAAAGCCUUCAGCCAGCGAUGCCGGCUCACGCGGCAUCAGCGCGUCCACACGGGAGAGAAGCCCUUUGAAUGCAGUGUGUGUGGGAAAGUUUUCAGUUCAAAAUCUUCCGUUAUUCAGCAUCAGCGGCGUUACGCCAAGCAGGGAAUAGACUGAGUUGGGUGAAAGCUUGGGCGGGACAAGAACUUCCAUACAAAUUCGAGAUAGGUCUCCCCUGUCUUAAACAAAGCUGCCAUUUACUCAUUCUACCCACCCUGGCUGCCGCUGUCCUGGCCUGCUUGUGCGCCAGAGUGUUCAAUAGGCACUCCCUUCCUGCUGUGUUACAGAACUGCAGGCAGGCCACGGAGAUGACUCCCUUCCUGCUGUGUUACAGAACUGCAGGCAGGCCACGGAGAUGACUCCCUUCCUGCUGUGUUAUAGAACUGCAGGCAGGCCACGGAGAUGACUCCCUUCCUGCUGUGUUACAGAACCGCAGGCAGGCCAUGGAAAUGACUCUAACGAUACAAAAGUUUGAUGAGGUUUGUCAGACAAUAGGAUAGAUGUUAGGAGGAGACACACCUCUUGUCUGAGAACCUAGGCCCCGGGUAUCACUGCACUUUAAGUAACUGGCGGCUGCAGCAGGAGGGAAAGGCAGAAUGAUACCAGAGCAGUACUAUUUUUUUUCAGAACAGUUGUUUUGAUGGCUGCUUUAGUCCCCCUGUCUUGGAGCUUUUUGGGGCCCUAAUCUUGUUCUCUUGUGUCCCAGCUUUUAGACCUCUUCCUUCUACUGCUAGUAGCUGGCACUUCCUGAGCGCUUACGAUGAGGUAAAGACUCAGCUAAGGGUUUUACAGGAAGUAGAUUAACUGAUCCUGUCGCCAACCCUAUGAAGUAGGCACUGUUACCAUCUGCAUCUCUAGAUGAGCACCCUGAGGUUUAUAGAGAUUAAAUCACUUGCCCAAGGUGACCCAGCUGGUAAAAGGUGAUGCCAGGUCUUGAAGACAGGUCCACCUUCAAAGUCUAUUUUCUUUACCAUUAUGCUUGACAGUUUGUUUUAUAAUUUAUGUAUAUGUAUUAUCCUCUCAACUAGAUUGUAAGCACUUGGAGGUGUGACUUACAGGUCUUUGUAUCUCACACAGUGCCUUGCUAAUGGGUGCUCAAUAAAUAUUUAUAUGAAUGAAUGACUUUUCUACUUACCAGAUUCUCUCCAUUCAAAACACCUCUUGGAUUUGCAUUCUUUGUCUGAAUUCACAGCCCAGCCUACACUUUUAUCAUCCCCAGCUCCCACUCCUGGCAGCAGUAGCUUCCUAAUUCCAGUUCUUCCCACUUGAUUGUUGAAGAGGGAUGUGCUAAGAUGUGGUACAGUAAUAGCCCACAGAGAGCUAUUUCUCCCUUAAAACCUGACGGGAACCACUCUGUCUUAUUCUGUCCUCAUUAUUUGGAACAUCUGGCUUCCAAAGUCACCACAAGGGAGGAAGAGAAUGCUAGAGGAAUUUGUCGGAUUUCUUUUUAGACCCAGGCUUACAUCACUUCUGUCCACAUAUAAGAAGCCAGAACCCAGCACUUGGAGGCCAGCAAAGUAAACAAGCACCUCGAAAGCUGGUUAACACCGAGAGCCUCUGUCAUAAAGUAAACAAGCACCUCGAAAGCUGGUUAACACCGAGAGCCUCUGUCACAAAGUAAACAAGCACCUCGAAAGCUGGUUAACACCGAGAGCCUCUGUCACCGUUACAGUUUGCAUAUUACUGUUAACCCAGUCUUUGCAAGUGACCCCUUCCUGCCCAUCGUUGCCUUCCUCAAGACCUAAAAUAGCUUCCUAUUCAGUGAAAAAUUAUCUCAAUAUUUAAGAUCUGCCUUAACAUGAUCCCCAUUGCUGAACUUUACCUCCUGACUCCAAAAACCCUUCUAUUCCCUGGGCCCAGUCCUGUAUUUUCAUUUUUGUUAAAGGAUACGCACUAGAUGACCUCGACUCUAGGCAUCUGCAUUCUCUUGCUCUUCGCUUAGGGUGAAGCUCAGAAAAGGACCUGGUUCUGAAAGGCUGUCUGGAAUUAGACUGCCCUACGUGAUUCCCCGUGGAUUGAGAUGAAUUUCCUCUGGAAGUUCAAGUCAGAUUCGGGAAGCUGAAUUACCAAACAGACCCUCCUCAACCUACUAACAACCCUAUUCCUCUGUUCACCCUAGAGCAGACAAACGGCAGGGAAGACUUGAUCUGUGGACUUUUGAAAGCAACUUGAGGAAAAACACGUAACAGAAUCUGUGGGUGUGGACAAUAUGCGAUAUUGCUAAAUAAUGUCAAGUAGGAAAUAAAAAAACUAUGGACAAACUU